CCCUAUAAAAGCGAGGCCUGGCUGUGUGCUCGUCACCCAACUCUUGCAGUACUCACCUAGACGCCAGCUCUACCAAGAUGAUCAAAGAAGUUUUUCUCCUCUCUCUCGUCGUCUGUGCCGUCCUGGCAACAGAAAACUACUGGUGCCCUAAGUCAGGCGACGCAUUCCAAUGUUUCGAGUCAGCUAAACAAGCCAGAUUUUGUUUGUCUAAUGGCCAGGAGACAAAAACUAUUUGCGGCAAAUGCAGGAAGAAGUUCGAAUUUUGCAGAAACGGCAUGAAAUCCUCCACCAGACCAGAUGUUGACUGUGGCCCAAGUUGGCAGAGUACACCCUGUACAGAUGACAUCUCCGAGGUUCCUACCGUUUUCUAAACAUACAGAUUGAUUUGUGAUCUCCAUGUUAAUAAAGACGUCAUGUUUCUGUUGAUGCUUUGUAUAUAAAAUUAUGCUUUUGGCGUGUUAAUAAAACAAAUUAGCAA